AUGGCGAAGUUCAAUGACCUCGCCGUCGAGCUGCAGGAGGCCAUCUGGGAGCUCGUGCUCCCCCAAACACGCGGAGUACAUUGGAUAGAAGUAGACGGCAUCCCGCACGAGCCCGACUUUGUCCGGGACAGCAUCCGCAUGACACAAUGGCACAGAUUCGACCGAAUCCCUGAAACACAUGACGCCGUUUACUAUUCCCGGCAGAGACAUCCCAAGUUUUCGGAGCGCGCCAGGGCGAAAGCAGACGAGUCGGGCCCCUUCUUCCGGCAUCUGCUCACCACCGUGCCGGCCGUCUUUGGCCGCCCGGGGCCCGAUGAUGAUGAGGACGGCAGCAAGCAGCUGCCGUAUGACCGUGCCGAUGAGAUAGCCCAUACGCAUCGCUGCAGGCAACUAUCUACCUAUACUCAGAUCUCCACUCUCCUCUCGACCUGCCGGCUGUCACGGCUCGUCGCCCAGCAGCGCAUCCGGGACGACAGCAAUCACAGCUGGCCCCUCCACCGCAGCAUGGGCCCUCUCUACCGGCCGCGCCCGAUGGGGACCUGGGAGGCCCAGUACGGUCACGAAAAGGCCCCGGCCGUCACCAGCAGCCCCGAUGGCGCCGAGGUGCUCGCCCCUCGGAUCCACGCGCUCGACCUCGUCGUGCUCCGGCUCCACGACAGCCGGGGCCGCGCGACGCCGCUGCUGCGGCAGGCGGCCUGGCAGUACGGCGUCGAGACGCCGUGCCACGGCACGACGUUCGCGUGCUUCGACCGCGUGGGCAUCGAGUGGCACCCGUCGUGGGGCGGGCGCGGUGGCGAGCUGCUGCUGCGGCCCGAGAACGUCCAGGCGUUUGUCAGGGUGAUGCAGGUGGCGCACUUCCCUGCGUUCCUGUACUGGAUCGUCGACGGGGUGCCGCGGCCGGACUGGGGGCGCGACUACCCGGCUGUCGUGCGGGAUGUGUUCGAGGAGCGGAUGGCCCUGGAGAAGGGGCACGUCCUGGAGCAUCUGAGCAGGCACUGGGAGCAGAGCGAUCGCGAGAGGCAAGUGAUGCUGGCUGAUCACCACCUCGGCCAGGAGUUCGAGGCCAACGGGCGCCGCUACUACAUCGUUUUCGUUGCGUUCGGCAUGUUUACAAGGGACCUGCGUCGGCGGCUGCGGGCGGCCGGGCUGGACCACCGCGCGCCGUUCCCGGGGGGCGCGGACGUGUGGCCCGAGGCAUUGAGAAGGCCGGCACAAGUCGCAUAUGAUGUGAUGAGGGACAAGUCCUCGAACAUGGGCACGUAUCAGAGCACUUCAUAUAUCCUGAGCUGGGAGCCAAUCUGA